UAAUUUUAAUAAUUUGGGUAUAAAAUAGUUAUCGGUUUUGAAGUAAUUAUUCGUGAUAACUUUAUUUCUGAGAUUUUACGAGUACCUUGAAUUACCGUUAUCGCAUUGUGUGGCAUGGCAAGUCGACAGACUGGCGGGCGACGGCGCUGUUCGGCUUUCGCUUUGUUCACUCAUCUCCACGUGCCUUCCGCCAUUUAGGGCACAUUUAUCGUCAGAUUGCUGUUAAUCUAAAGAUUUUUUGUUUUGUAAUCAUUUAAAUCCUUACAAUAUGUUGAUAGGACUACGUAUUUUUUAGUAAUUGAAUCAAUCGAUUAAAAAAAAAAUAAUAAAGCCGCAACCCGGCGGCGUGGUCCUGUUCGGCGGCAAGGUGACAGCGAGGCGGGGCGAUGGCUGCCGGCGGCGCUGAGUUCGUCGAGGGCUGGCUGGUCGCGCAAGUUCUGGGGGAAGGUGCUUAUGGCGAGGUGCGGCUGCUGGUGCACGCGCGCUCAGGCGCCGCCGUGGCGCUGAAGGUGGCGCGGCCCGGCGAGGCGGCGGGCGAGCCGGCGCGCGAGGCGGCGCUGCACCGCGCGCUGCGCCACCCGCACGUGCUGCGCUGUCUGGGCGAGCGCACGCACCAAGGCCUGCACUACCUGUUCCUGGAGUACGCGCCGGGCGGCGAGCUGUUCGACCGCAUCGAGCCCGACGUGGGCAUGCGCGAGGAGGACGCGCGCCGCUACUGGCGGCAGCUGCUCAGCGGGCUCGGCUACCUGCACGGCCGCGGCGUGGCGCACCGCGACAUCAAGCCCGAGAACCUGCUGCUAGACAACCGCGAUCAACUCAAGAUUUCAGAUUUUGGCAUGGCGACCCUCUUCAGGCACGGCGCCCGCGAGCGCCUGCUGUCGCGCGUGUGCGGCACCGCGCCCUACGCCGCGCCCGAGGUCCUCACCGCCGCCCGCCGCCCCUACCGCGCGCCGCCCGCCGACCUGUGGGCCGCCGCGCUCGUGCUGCUCGCCAUGCUGGCCGGCGAGUUGCCGUGGGAGCGCGCGCAGGCGGACGACGCGCGCUUCGCGGCCUGGUGCGCCGGCGGCCGCGGCGCCUGGGACAAGGCGGGCGCGGCGCGGGCGCUGCUGCGCCGGGCGCUGCAGCCCGACCCCGCGCGACGCGCCACGCUGGACGCGCUGCUGGCGCUGCCGUGGCUGCGCGAGCCGGAGGCCGCGGCGCGCGCGUGGCGGUCCCAGCCGACCGCGGCCGACGCGGCCGACCCGACCGACCCGUCCGACCUGUCCGCCGCCGACAUGGACGCGCUCAUCAGCUACUCGCAGCCCGCGCACGCCGACGACCUGCUGCUCGCCUCGCCGGCCGACGGCGCCGCCGCGCUGUCGCUCGGGCGCCGCAUGACGCGCGUGUGGCUGCGCGCCGGCGCCGCGGCCGCGCUGGACGCGCUGGCGGCCGCCGGGCGCGAGCGCGGCUACACGUGCCGCCGCCUGCACGCGCGCCUGCUGGCGCUGGAGUGCGGCGCGGAGCUGCGCAUGCGCGCGGCGGCGCUGCGCUGCGGCGACGCGCUGACGCUGCUGGAGUUCCGACGCUCGCGCGGCUGCGGGCUGGAGUUCAAGCGCCGCUUCGUGGAGCUGCGCGACGCGCUGCGCCCGCUCCACGCGCCCGAGCCGCCGCCCGCAGACGCCUGACCCUUUACUGUUGUUUCUUAUUCUUUAGUUAAGUUGAGACGUGCUGCGGACCUCCGUUGACUACCUCUAUGAAGAAUCCUGAGGAAAGUGUUGUUCAAACUCCAGAAGACGAAGUGUGAUAGGAAUUGCCUUAUGAGAACUUAAGCAUCGCGAUCUAUCCUACCUCUAUUAUUUUAUAUUUUCCACGUAAUGUACAUUAUGGAAUGCAAUAAAUGAUAUGAUAUCGCAGCCGCGCGCGGCCUACGACGGCACCGCUGCCGAGCCCCGCGACGGACGCGCGCGGCCGUACGCAUCUUAACAUGGUCUAGCGCUUAAUAACAUAGUUAUAGAAUCUUAGUAAAACCAGAAUUGAAUUGUUUUUAUUUAGUCGGAAAAACUUCCCUUUGUUUUCAUUACAAUACAAAUGUAGUAUCCUUCUUAAUUUCUACUCUUAAAGAUGGGGUCGAUUGGUAAUAUAUAAACAAAUAAAAUACUGCUUAAAAUAAUCUUCCAAUUGAUUAA